GACGGGAUCAUGGGGUUGGGUAUGAUCCUCCUAUCAGUCAAUAUGUCAUACUAAAGCAUGCCUCGUGGGAUUGUGUUCUGUGCGUGAUUGUUUCCGUUUGCGUGUUUUUUAAGUUCAAUUUUAUAUGGCAGUUUCUUUAAUAGAAAGUCAUUUUGAAGAAUUCAAUACCCAUUACCCAAAAUCGAGGACUUAUCAGGAGAGGUGGCGGGGGAUAAUAGAAAGUAAAGAAUCCAACUUGCAGGUUGCAGAGAGGUCAUCAAUGACGUCAGUUGAAGCGAGGUCAGCGAUGACGUGAAGCCGUCAACAGCAACAGUCGAAAUCGCCAAAGCUUCUGCCACGAAUCCUUUAAAUUUUGAUUUCUUUAGUAGACAGAAGAAAUCCAGAUUUGACAUUUACCAGUCAACUUUCUGUAGAAAAGGCAUUUCCAAUGCUAAAUCCCAUUUUAGCAUUCUUAAUUUUCUCUCAUUCUCUUCUUCCUCGUCGGAAAAAUAAGCUGUCGCCGGUCACUGGCUAUGAGAUCAGGUAGGUAAGAGCACAAAAAAGAUGAAAAGGUGUUGUGGUUGUAGAGGUAUUAGAAAGGUGGACAGAAUCAGUGAUCUGCCUUUGAAUGUCAUAGACAACAUUCUUGCUCGAUUGCCCAUAAGGGAUGCAGUAAGAACAAGCAUCUUAUCAAAGAAGUGGAAAUAUAGAUGGGUAUCUCUUUCAGAACUCGUAUUUGAUUAUUCUCUCCAAGAUGCUUUAAAGAAUCAACAUGACAAGAUUGUGAAAUUUGUUGAUAGAGUUCUCAUGCUACACACAGGUCCAAUUCAUAAGUUUGAGCUCUCUGAUUUGAUUAGUCCCAGUCUCUCAGACAUCCAUCAAUGGAUAUUAUAUGUUUCAAGAAAUGGAAAUAAGGAAUUAGUCCUUUCUAUGCCCCCCUGUAGUUGGUAUGAUGUACCAUCAUGUCUCUUCUCAUCAUGUCAUCAGCUGAAUCGUUUGGAACUCAGUCAUUGCAGUCUUAGAUGUCCUCCUUACACAACAAAGUUAGAAUUUAAGCACAUCAAGUGCCUGUCACUUUGUCAAGUAGACUUUGUUGGCUUAACAUUUGAAGAUCUGGUUUCAAGCUGCCCAUUACUUGAGACAUUGACACUAUUGUGGAUAAGAGGUUUUACUAACCUUGUAAUGAAAGCUCCUAAACUCAAGUACUUGAAUCUCAGGGGUCAUUUCAAAGAUAUCCACUUCCAAAAUACCCCACUUCUAGCAAAGGUAGAAAUAGAUUUGGAUUGGUUUGGCUCUUCUGGUAAUUUAGUCGGAGAAACUUCCAAUCUGAUCAAAGUUCUUGGAGGUCUUGUUGGUGUUGAGGAUCUUUAUAUGGCCAGUUUGGGUAUUCUCAAGUUCUUGGCUGUGGGGAUUGUACCCAAGAUCCUUCCAAAUGCCUUUUAUCAUCUCAAGUUUUGCCAUCUGAAGAGACUGAGACUAACAUCAGUGGCAUUUCAUGACCUGGGUGUGGUCUCAGUAGCACUCAACUUGAUUAGAAGCGCCCCUAACUUGCAAAAACUUGAGAUUUUGGGCUCAACUAGAGAAGAUGCAGAUGUGGAAGCAGUUAAGGAACUUUUAGGAGUACAAGAUGGAUUAGGCUGGUCCUUCAACCAGCUUCAAAAUGUGACCAUGAAGUGCUCAUUUGGUUUGAGACCUGAAUUGGAGUUCAUUAAGUUCCUACUCAGUGUUACACCUGUUCUUGAGAAGAUGAGUAUUCAUGCGGAUUCAAAAGAUAUUGAGACCGAAGAAGACCAGCCACAACUUGGAUCAACCAUAUUGGAAGUGAUGCAAUUCCCUCGACUGUCCUCAAAGGCUGAAAUUAAGUGCUUUGAGCACUUGCAGGUUGUAGAAUAUAGACCUUCAUCAUGGAUGUAAUAUUUUUUUUUUUUUUUCAAAUCAGUCUUUUAAACAUAACUAAUGUUAAUUUCAUCGACGCCAAACAAGAAGGGUGGAGUAGGUGGUUGUUAUAUAUCAGAAUUAAGAACCACUGAUAAAGGUAAGGGUUUUUUUUUUUU